AAGCACCACCAGGCAGUGAAGCAGCUUAACCAUGAGCACAACCUCGUCGCAAUGCCGUGGCUUCUCAAUUUCUGUCUUUUCACCUGGACAGCAAUCUUUCUCAUGCAUCGCUACGUCUACUCUUCGCGCACUACCCUAAUGAAUCUCGCCUUUGGCCAUGCGUCCUUUGCGAAUCAACGAGUACGGCGAGUUCAGCCUGACUAAUGAUCUGAUCGACAACAUUCCUCCUUAUGCUAUACUUUCACACACCUGGGGGGAGGAUUAUGGGAGGAUUAUGAAAAGGUCAACUUCAAGACUUGACGAUAGGACCUAGGAAGACAAAAUCUGGAUACAAAUAACUUCGCUUCUGUACACAGCAAGCGGCCCGCGAUAAUCUACAACAUGUCUAGGUGGACACCUGCUGUAUCGACAAAUCGGACCAUAAUGAGCUUUCAGAAGCCAUUAACUCUAUGUUGCGCUGGUAUCGCGAUGCGGUAAAAUGCUAUGUAUAUCUCUCAGAUGUUUCAACGAAUGAUCACGACGAGGUCAGCGCGUCCUUGCAGUCGUGGGAACCAGCACGUCGCAAAAGCCGAUGGUUUACCCGCGGGUGGACACUUCAAGAGCUUCUUGCUCCGUCGUCGGUUGAAUUUUUCUUUUCAAACGGCAAGCAACUCGACGACAAGAGGUCCCUAGAGAGACUGCUACACGAGAUUACAGGGAUCGCGGUUCCAGCUCUUCAACGCGCUCCUCUCGCUGAAUUCAGCAUACACGAGCGAAUGUCAUGGGCUAAAUAGCGGCAGACUAAGCGCGAGGAGGACAAGGCCUAUGCUUUGCUUGGCCUUUUUGGCAUUCAUAUGCCGCUUAUUUAUGGUGAGGGGAUAGAGAGUGCAUUCGGCCGGCUUCAUGAGGAAUUUGAUAA